AUGUCGGGAACGGUCGAUGCGAUGAGUGAAGAGUUAGAGCGCAGUCUCAAGAUUGCGGAGUUCGAUCCCAAAAUCGAACCUUCGGAGCAAUCCGCAGAGCUCGGGGAGCAGUUGGGGUCAGAUCAUGAGGAAGGGGAAGGUGAGGAUGAAGAUGGAGAUGAAGAUGAAGGGGAAGAAUUCGAGUUCUCGUUCCCCUGUGGAAACCCCAACAGCUCGCCGAUUGCAGCGGAGGACGCCUUCCACAACGGCCAGAUCCGCCCCAUCUUCCCCGUUUUCGACCAGAGCCUCCUCUCCGACGAGCAGGCCGCUUCGUCAUCGAGCCCCCAUCAGCCUCUGAGGAAGCUCUUUGCCGAGGGGAGUGGCCGUGUUUCUACUUCAACGAAGGGGGAAUCGGAGGCGGACCACUGCCCCUGGGAGGGGAAAACCGUGGAGGAGAUCAAGUCGCCGGCGGCGGGGGCCCUCUGCCAGAAGAGCAACUCGACGGGGUCGUCAAGGCUGUGGAGGUUCAGGGACUUGGUUCACCGGAGCAGCAGUGACGGGAAGGACGCUUUCGUGUUCCUGAACCCCCCGGCGGCGGCGCCAGGCGACGGCGAGAGGGACAGGAAGAAGAAGGCUGCAAAGGGCAGCCAGAAGAGUGAGGAGAAGACGCUGGCGGCCAAGGGAAGGGGGAACGGUAAGAAAGCUGCAGCGGCAGCCCCACCACCGUUCUACGGAAGGAGUAAGGCGGCGCCGGAGAAGCGGCGGUCGUAUUUGCCGUACAGGCCUGGCUUGGUCGGGUUCUUCACCAGCGUCAACGGGAUGAGCAAGAAUGUUCACCCUUUCUGA